CUCCAAGAAGGGUAAUUGAGCAGAGAGCGAGCCUGUUACGGACAAUUGACUCGCAAAGCGACACAGCACUGACCAAUUGGAACACCACCCUUGCUCUUAAACAAUGGAUGAGAACGCCGCCCUGGAGAACUUCUCCGCACUCACUCAAGUGCCACAGACUGUAGCUAAGGAGAUCUUGGAGAGAAACAACUGGAACGUUCAACAAGCCCUAGAGGACUUCUACAAUGGUCCAACGCAACGCUCGUCCCCAUCUCCACAGCCACAGGGCACACAGAGCAACGCCAGCUCGGCGCAGAAGAAGGCCACACAGAAGAAGGCCACGCCAAAGUUCAAGUCCUUCCAACAAUUGGUGAAUUCCCAGGAGGAGGAAGAGAAUGACGAACAGAACUUCUUUGCCGGUGGUGGACGUGGCUCCGGAAUCAACGUUGAGAAUCCUAAUAACGCCAACAGACUGGUUCAAGAUCUGCUGAAGAAAGCUGAAAGCGAUGCAGGAGCAGCUGGCGGCGAGUUUGACGAUGAGCCUCAGGUUCCAAAGUUUUCAGGCUCUGGAUAUAGAUUGGGUGAUUCUACAACACCUUCACAGAAGAUUGGCUCAACAGCACCAAAGAAGUUGGAAAAGGCCCAUAGGGAAAUCACAUUUUGGAAAGAUGGGUUUCAAGUUGGCGAAGGCAAACUAUACCGUUAUGACGACCCGGCAAACUCACAUUACUUGAACGAAUUGAACGCUGGAAGAGCACCAUUGUCGUUGCUCGAUGUUGAGUUUGGACAAGAAGUUGUCGUGAACGUUAUGAAGAAGUUGGAUGAGGAGUACAAGCCACCAAAGAAAACAGUAGGCGGAUUCCACGGCCAAGGACAUAGAUUGGGAUCACCAGUAUCUCCAGAUUACGUGGCAUCGCAACCACAGUCACGUGAGGAAACCCCAAAGGUAGAAGAGCAGUCCAAGCCAGCUGAAGCCGAAGCUCAAGGCGAUUCACAGGUGCAAGUCCGUCUUGCAGAUGGCCGUCGUGUUAUACGCCGUGUUAACUCUACGGACCCUGUUCAAGUACUGUUUGACUUUGUCGCUACUCAAACCGACAGCUUAAAGGGCUGGAAUUUGAACUAUGCUUUUCCUGUGAAACCAAUUGAGGAUAAAUCAAAGAGCAUCAAGGAAUUGGGGCUCGUUAAUGCCGUUGUCGUGCAGAGAUGGGUAUAGUGAAACUACGGUAUUCUAUAAUCACAUCAUAAAAAGGCAAUAAUGGGGAUAUAUGCUAUUUGUAGGUCCAAGUAUUUAAGAGUGGUGGUCCAAGACACAAGGGUUAUAGAGGAAAAGCUGUGGAGAUGAUGAAUAUGGUAAACUGUUACUAGUACAAUUUCAACUCGCCAGUGACUUGAUCCAUGACAACCUUUGGUGCUGGGCCCAACCCAAGAACUGUAGCUGAUCCAGCUUCGAUCUGUGUUCUUCCAGCGUCGUGGACUAUAUAGGCGUUGAUGUUCAAACUUAUUGCCCUUGCAUAGAGCAGAUCCAUAUCUUCUUUGCUCUUGACCUGGAGUGUAAUCUUCGCCUGCCCGGUUCUUUCCCAUCUUUUCAGCAUGGUUAAGUUCUGAGAUUCGGCACCGUCCAGCUCCAUCAGUCUGUAGCAGCCAAGCGCAGCAUGUGCACACUGUGCUGCUGCCUUACCUUUACCCAUUCC